AUGUUAUUAUCAUCAUCAUCAUCAUCAUCAUCAUCAUCAUCAUCAUCAUCAUCAUCAUCAUCAUCAUCAUCAUCAUCAUCAUCAUCAUCAUCAUCAUCAUCAUCAUCAUCAUCAUCAUCAUCAUCAUCAUCAUCAUCAUCAUCAUCAUCAUCAUCAUCAUCAUCAUCAUCAUCAUCAUCAUCAUCAUCAUCAUCAUCAUCAUCAUCAUCAUCAUCAUCAUCAUCAUCAUCAUCAUCAUCAUCAUCAUCAUCAUCAUCAUCAUCAUCAUCAUCAUCAUCAUCAUCAUCAUCAUCAUCAUCAUCAUCAUCAUCAUCAUCAUCAUCAUCAUCAUCAUCAUCAUCAUCAUCAUCAUCAUCAUCAUCAUCAUCAUCAUCAUCAUCAUCAUCAUCAUCAUCAUCAUCAUCAUCAUCAUCAUCAUCAUCCAAAUCAUCAUCAUCAUCAUCAUCAUCAUCAUCAUCAUCAUCAUCCAAUCAUCAUCAUCAUCAUCAUCAUCAUCAUCAUCAUCAUCAUCAUCAUCAUCAUCAUCAUCAUCAUCAUCAUCAUCAUCAUCAUCAUCAUCAUCAUCAUCAUCAUCAUCAUCAUCAUCAUCAUCAUCAUCAUCAUCAUCAUCAUCAUCAUCAUCAUCAUCAUCAUCAUGAGCAUCAUGAUCAUCAUCAUCAUCCUAAUUCGUCAUUAUAA